UUAAUAAUCAUAAUUUUGAUUUUUUUUUCUUGAGCAUAUUCAUGUUACAUGUAUUUCUUAAUAAAUGUAACAAUAUAAAAGGUCCAUCGAUCUCUAUAGUCUUAUUAUAUAUAUAUACCACCUACAAGCGGACAUAAUCUUGCUGUGUUAGAAGAUCAUCGUUAUUCAUUGCAUUUUGGUUUGUCUUACUUCAAAAAAUGACGAUAGUAGAGAUGUGUGUGCACAUGGACUGUGAAGGUUGUGAGACCAAUAUAAGGAAAGCUCUUAAAAAAUUACGUGGAAUUGAUAGUAUUGACAUAAACAUGGAGAUGCAAAAGGUGACUGUGAUGGGUUGGGCAGAUGAAAAGAAAGUAUUGAAAACUGUAAGGAAAACAGGUAGAAGGGCAGAGCUAUGGCCAUAUCCAUACAACCCAGAAUACCAUGACUUCACGCGCAAUUAUGCCAAUAUUUACGAUAACAAGCCUUCUUCUUCUUCUUACAAUUACUACAAUCAUGGAUAUAGUUAUGGUGAAGAUUUUGGAUAUUAUAGAAAGCCAAUUGGUGCAACAAUGAUUAAUGACAAGGCUAUGUCUGUGUUCAGUGAUGAGAAUCCUCACGCUUGUUCUAUAAUGUGAUGUGAAACUAUAGCUUGCAUUAUUGAUUUAAUAAUUUAAGCAUUUUUUGCUUCUGUCUAUGAAUAAAUAGUACAUCCAAUUGUAUCAUGUAUGUAC